AUGCGAAACAGAAGGGACAGGGAUAAAAAUAGAGGGGGACUUAUUGAAUACGUCAAAAAAGGGCUGAUUUUUAAGCAAUUAUCGAACCUUGAGCCAAAGAAAAAUGAAGUUAUUUGUUCUGAGAUUACAAUAGAACGCUCACUUGAUUUGGCUUUCAAAACUUAUGAUAAUGUUGUAGUCAUGGGCGAUAUAAAUAUUGAUUGUGAUGACUCAAGUUCGACAGGUUUUGACAGUUUUACAACUUUUUGCGAAACCUACAAUUUAAAAAAUUUAAUAAAACAAAAAACAUGUUUCACAAAUACUCGUGCAUCACGAAUAGAUGUGUUUUUAACAAAUAAACAUGCAUGUUUCCAUAAUUCUAAAUCUUUUGAAACUGGACUUAGUGACCACCACCAUAUGAUUUCUACUUUUAUGAAGACUUUUUUAGUACGUUUAAAAUCGAAAGAGAUAUCGUAUAGGUGUUUUAAAAAAUUUGAUGAGCAAGUUUUUCUUGAAGAAGUGAGGAGCACAGAUUUUUGUUGUCAUAACAUAGAUCCAAAUGAAAGUUAUGAGAACCUUGUACUGAAAUUUCGAAAUAUAAUUGAUAAACAUGCACCAAUAAAAAUUAAAUUAGUUCGGGGUAACGAAGCCCCGUUUAUGAAUAAAAAAUUACGAAAAGCAAUUUACACAAGAUCUCGUCUUAAAAACAAUUAUAACAAAAAUCGAACAGAUGAAAAUAGGGCAAAAUAUAAAAAACAAAGAAAUAAGUGUGUUAGUAUGAGACGACAGGCGAUUAAAGAGCAUUUUAAUACUGUUAUGGAGGGUGGCAUUAUUCAAAGUAAGAAAUUUUGGAGCACUGUUAAACCUUUCCUUACUAACAAAUCAGGUAAGAGCUCUAAUGAAAUUAUGAUUGUUCACGAUGAUAUUAUAGUAACGGAUGAAAAUGAAUUAGCGGAAAUUUUCAAUGAAGAGUACAUACAUAUAGUUGAAAAAUAUAGUGGAGUUAAACCAGUGUCGCUACGAAAUUAUCAAUCUGAAAAUAGAAAUGAAGUUAUCUCAAAGAUUCUGGAAACAUUUAAAAAUCACCCUAGUAUUCUUGAAAUUAAAAAUUCACUAAUUGAUCAAAAUAAUGACAUGUUGUUUAACUUUAAGGAAGUCUCGGAAAAUGAAGUCUCUAAACUUUUCGGGGAUCUAAAAGUAGGUGUGGCAUCUGGAGAGGACAAGAUAACGGCUAAAAUGGUGAAGUUGGCAAAACCUUAUUUGAUAAAACCCUUAACAAAUGCCAUUAACAACAGUAUUUGUCUCUCUGUUUUUCCGAGGAGAGCCAAACGCGCUACUGUAUCCCCUAUUGAUAAAGGUGGGAAAGAUAAAUUAUGUGUAAACAACUGUAGACCAGUCAGCAUUUUAAAUAUAUUUUCAAAAUUUUAUGAGAGAAUAAUGAAAUCUCUAAUUGUUGAUUAUAUUGAUAAUAAACUUUCAGAAUUUUUAUCAGCCUAUAGGGAAUCAUAUUGCACACAACAUGUACUUAUAAGAUUAUUGGAGGAAUGGAAACAAAAAUUAGAUAAACAUUACGUAGUUGGUGCAGUUUUAAUGGAUCUAUCUAAAGCUUUUGAUUGCGUGCCUCAUGAUUUACUUAUUGCUAAAUUAAAUGCCUAUGGCUUUAGCCAGGAUGCCCUACUUCUAUUUUUAUCGUACCUUUCUGACAGAGAGCAAUCUACCCGCAUAAAUAAUCAGCAUAGUCUUUUCCAAUUAAUUCUGUCUGGAGUACCCCAAGGAUCAAUUUUAAGACUAUGGAAUUUCUCUUCAUAUAAAUCUUUGUUGAAGAUUGAACAAAUUCAAAAAAGAGCUUUGCGUUUCUUAUUAAACGAUAAUGAUAGUACUUACGACGAACUCCUUUUGAAAGCAGGAAAAUACCAAAUGAGCGUCUAUAGACUUAAAACAUUAUGUACAGAAAUAUGUAAGACUUUGCACGAACUCAAUCCGACAUACAUUAAAGAUAUCUUUAAAUUUCAUGGGAGUGGUAGACCAAGCUAUGCAUAA